CCCAUGGGUAUGGCGGGAAGUAGUCGGAUCUGGGCGAAACUGGCCAUUGCUAUCAGCAAACAAAGGUAGCCCGCUUCUGUCCAAUAUCUGACACCUGGCAUAAAAAGCACACCACACUUGCUGUACAGCAGAGCUCUAAUGUCACUGUACUUGCAUGUCAAAGAACCCUUAGAUAUGGUGACGAAAAUAGCCACCAGUAUAUGGCGUGUCUGUGCGGUCUCCCUUAUUUGGCCACUGGCUGCAGGGGUGGUUUCAGUACAUGCCGUGGUUGGAUGCAGAAAGAGAAGGCGGUGGCUGUACACCUGCGGCGUUUCACCCCAUCCUGCUUGGUUUAACCUUGUGCGAUCCUGCUGGGCUGCGUGUGUGCUGGUUGCAUGUGUGCGGGGCGUCAGCUUGCGUGGACCACAGGGCUAUAAGAAUGUAUUCGCUUCGUUACUGUGGCGUGCGUCGCACGAACCGGCAAGGAAGGCCAAUGACGCUCGAGCACAAAUAAUGAUCUCUUCUGAUCAGUGGGACAAAACCAGUCCGUAUCUUUAACGGCGAAAAAAUAUUGAAGGAACUGAGGCUGGAUUACGGUGUUGGCCAAAGGGGAACAAUGGUUG